AUGCUUCUCCAAUAUUUCACAGUGCUACUGAGCACAUGCUGCGGCCUUGCUCUCGCACGACCGUCUGUCCGCUCGCCAAGAGAGCUUCCACGUCGUCAAGAGGCCCCCGUCGACGAGGUCGAGCACUUGUCAGUAUGCGGAGUCAUCAUUGACGAAGUCAACCAAGAAUUCAACGCCUUUUAUGCGAUCGAUGCAUACGACUGCCUGAUCAGCGUUCCAUUCCAUCAGGCCCCAGCGCUCCGUUUUAUCGAAUACUACAACACGACGAUGCAGUUCCAAAGCACUCUGGCGCACUUGAAGAACCCACCUCCGGGAUACCAGCAGCCCGCCUUCGACUUUAUGGGUGGCCUUGAAGAGCUCAAGCGUAACGUCACAGCGGGGUACUUCAUAAGACAGUACGACUUUGAAGUUGCUCUGCAAUACCUGGUUUAUGCUGUGAAUGAUGCCUAUGUCGACCUGUACGCGGGUAUUUUAUCUGUGUUCUCAUUCGCAAGCCUGGUUUCUCUGGUUUCGGCAUUGGUUGAUGGGAAAGAGACGCCCAAAAUAUAUUUUGCAGAUGACAUCCUCAAUCGCCAGGAGAACAAUCUCGAGACCCCGAUAUCCGCUAUAUCGCACAUCAAUGACGAGCCAGUCGCUGAGUAUCUGGCAAGAUUUGGGUCGCUGCAGUCAGUUGGCAUGCUCGAACCCCACGCCGACUGGAACGAACUUAUGGAUAGCCCUGUCGAAGACAUUCAGGGGAUAUUCAGCAUCUUCGCCGGCGCAAGCACUUUCUUUCCGGGCGAAACCAUCACCUUUUCGUUCGAGGACACAAGCUUGGAAAAGACUCCAGGCGACUUCUACAACUUCUUCGUCCUCGGUCUGCUGCCUGCUUCAUACUACAAUGUUUCGCUCCCGGAAGUUUUCGGGGGCUCAUCUGGUACAGAAGACGUGAUCGCGGAUGGUGCAACGGACGAUGCCCCAGCGGAUGGUGCAGCCGAAGACGGAGCGUCAGGCAGUAGCUGGUAUGAGGCGAGCUUUCAUGCCUUUCCAGCAAAUCCAGAUGUUGCCCAGAAGGAUCUCGGUCUUUACGAAGGCGGGAUUCUUACCGGAUACUUCUAUGAAGACAUGUCUACAGGUGUACUGAGUAUACCCCACUUCAACCAGUAUGGGCUCGAGGUGGAGAGCUUUGCCCAGUCGCUUGCAAAGUUCAUUACUGGAGCAAAGGAAAGAAAACUGUCGCAUAUUAUCAUCGACCUUCAGAAGAAUGUUGGCGGGUCGACAGGUAUUGCGCUUCUGCUCUUUCGCGAAUUCUUUCCUGGUGUCGAUCCUUUCGCAGGUAGCCAGCGACGCAGCCAUGAGCUCGGCAAUACGUUAGGUUCGGCCACGACGCGAUACUGGCAAAGCCUCGCAGCCAAUACCGAUGAGAGGUCGGAGCUUGUGGCAAACGAGUGGGUGGUUGCGACGCGGAUCAAUGACGAGACUGAAAAUAAUUUCACUUCAUGGGAGGAGUAUGAGGGGCCCAGACGACAGGUUGAUGACGAUUUUUCACUCGUGGAGCGAUACGACCUGAAGAAUCCAAGCUUUCAUAUUGCCGCAUUUGACGGGUGGCUCCUCGAUCGGUAUCUGAACGACAAUGAUGAAAACACUAGAGUGAUGUGGAAGCCUGAAAGCGUAGUCAUCCUGGAUCGCGCAAAGGACGAAGCUGUCCAGCCCCUGCUUCCUCCCAAUAGGAACGACACACGCAUCUUUAUUGAUCACGUUUCAUUCAACCUUCGUGAUCAGCUGCGCAAAGACGACACCUCUAUGCCCCUCCAGUUUCGCUACGACCCAGCCGACUGCAGGCUGUAUUUUACUCUCGACAAUGUUUACAACAUGACCGCUCUCUGGCAUGACUUUUUCCGCGCUGCAUUUGAGGACUCGAGUAUCUGUGUGGAGGGCUCGACGGAGUACGCUUUGCAAGGUGGCAGAGACAAGCUCCCGCCAGACUCGUCUGCAGUUGCGGCCCCAGCCCCAGGGCCUGGAGUAACCUUCACUGUCGAUCACGAUCCAUCCACCGACAACGGCCUCCCAGCUGGCGAGGUUCUAGCCAAGCACAGCCCUAGAAGCCCAGACACUUGGGGACCAUGCCCAGCGGGAACAAGCACAUGCUCAUCAGACGGCCGACGUUGCCGAACCAUCAGAUAUACUUGCGAUGAGGGAGUGUUUGACGAGACAGCUUGCGCCCCGUCCUGUCAAGUCCAGCCUGGCAAGCCUUGUAUCGCUUUCAAGGCUGAUAACAUUGAGAAUUCAUCCCAGUCAUCGUCAAAGCUGAAGAGAGCUGCGGUCGCUCAAAAGAAUCACAUGACUCCUCGUCCAUCAGAUCAUCUGAAAGGCUCCAAAGCGCCUGCCAAAAACCGCAUCCCCAAGACUGGAUACAAGAGGCCCAAGCAUAACGAACCGAACUUGUGCUCUGGUAGGACCCAAUUUCCCGGCGUCGGUCGAAAGAAAGUGGGGGUGUGGCCUCCACGGACGGGGUCUUCUUGA